AGGUUUUUCUUUGCCUCGGUGCUCCCGUCGGACCGGACCAAUGGGGAACCACGGCUCAAACCUGGACGACAUCCUGGCGGAGGACAUGCACCACUGGUACAACAAGUUCAUGAGGGAGUCUCCGUCGGGCCUCAUCACGCUGUUCGAGCUGAAGGCCAUCCUGGGCCUGAAGGGCAUGACGGAGAACGCCAACAGCUAUGUGGACCAGGUCUUCUUCACCUUUGACAUGGAUGGGGACGGUUACAUCGACUUUGUGGAGUACAUCGCAGCCAUCAGUCUGCUGCUGAAAGGAGAAAUCAACCAGAAACUAAAGUGGUACUUCAAACUGUUCGACCAGGACGGCAACGGAAAGAUUGACAAAGAAGAGCUGGAGACCAUCUUUUCGGCCAUCCAGGACAUCACACGGAACAGAGAGAUCGACCCCGAGGACAUCGUCGCACUCAUAUUCGAGAGGAUCGACGUGAAGGGAGAAGGUGAGUUGACUCUGGAGGAGUUCAUCGAGGGAGCCAGAGACCACGAGGACAUCAUGGACAUGCUGAAGAACCUGAUGGACCUGACACCAGUGUUAGUCAUCAUUGUGGAGGGCCGGGCGGGGUGAGAGCGCAGCACUGGAGGUGCACCAGAACGACAAAGACUGACUGAAGCAGAAAUCCUCCAAUCCCCCACCCUGAGAAAAAGUUAAAUAAUCACCCCUCAGUCCCUUUCAAAAUAAGAGAAAAGACUUGCUCCCUCACCCCCUAAUGGUCGUCUUAAAGACACCUGAUGUUUCAUGGUCAGAGCAAAGCAGCCGGAAACAACGGACGUUG